AAAAACCUAACUAAUUAAUUCUUCUUCUGUGCAUAUGUCAGGCUGAAUAUGGUUUUCUGAAACAAGUCAUAUGCGAUAAAUCAACCUCAACCCCAGAGCCUGUACUGUCUUUGAAGAUAGAAUGCCACCCUUAUAAGAGGGCUAUUUUCUAUCUUUUAAGAAGGGUAUAAAAAAGACACGAGAGCCCUGGGAGCGAAGCUGACGGACUAUAAUAAAUGCAAUGAAGCCCUUGUUAUAUUACCUAAACUGAUUUGUUGGAUACUGAUCGUGAACAAAGGUUUUUUUUUGCAAAUUAUUUUAGCAAGGAAAGAAAGAAAGAAAUUUAUAUAAAAUAUGUAAAACCAAGCUUAGAAUUUAAAUGUUAAGAUUUAACUCAAUAUCAAAGAUGCAGAAAUUAUUUAAAUACAAAAAUUCUCAAUUGUAAGCCAAACUUCUUGUCCACAGAAUUUUUUGUCUGAUGUCUAAGUCUAGCGCUUACUUGACUCUUCCGUCGUCAUCCUCAAUGAACAUCUUGGGACUUCUGCUUCGCUUUCACGGAAGUGAAAAAGAAGUCCUGAAGACGAGAUUGCAUAGCAAAUUACUUUUGAGUUCCAAGGAUACUUUCCAUAAGCUUAAAAUACCUAUCAGAGUCGUUGCCCAAAAAGUAAAGAAGUGUGCACUUUCAGUAACCAAUCAAAAAGGUAAAAAAACCUGGGUGUAUUUCCUGAAGUGUAUUUCUUAUCACUGUGGUCACUCCGUUUUGCUCCAUUUAAAAAUGGAAUUAUCAUUAUCUCGUUUCCUUAACUUUAUCACUUUCUCGCAGGUUUGUAAUAUUUUAGCUAUCAUAUAAUGAUAGCUAAAAUACAUGCCGUUUUACAGCUAGCUUAUAAUUAAUUAAGGCCGAAUUUUAACAGCAUUUUUUUUAAUUCAAAUCUGAUGCAUCACAUAUAGUUCUCCGUCAGUUUUUGCUAAUUUAGUAGAAACUUCUUUGCGAAAAUUUGAGGAUGAAAAGUCUGCCUCCCCCAUGAACUGAAAGUAAAACAGAAAACAUGGUAAGCUGCAAAUCUGACAUAUCAAUAGUUAAGUAGAAAAAGUUUAGAUAAGAAUAUUCUCUACCCUCAAACUCCCUUUCUCUUUUUUUUUUGUCCUGUUCUAAUCAAAUAACAAAGAUUUAUAAAAUCGGCCUUAACUUUUGCUGAUUGUCCUUUUCCUGUAUUCAUAGUGAGUUGUGCAUUGGCCGCAUAACGUCAACGACUUACGCCAGGUGAAACAGGGUCUAAUUAAUUAUAAAGGAAACUAACUCUUAAAAAACAUUAGCAUAGCAAAACAGAGAUAUGAGAACAUAAACAUUACGCAUCAAGUUAUUAAAAACGAGAUUGGUUUGCCUAUAAAAAAAAUUUCGCAUUUGUUGUUGUUGUUGUUGUUGAUUAUUGUACAUUUACGCAAGCGUGGUACUCUUUUUUAAAAACGAAAUUUUCCAUUAGUCGAUUUUGUUUUUAUUCGAAUUUGACCAAUUUAGUUAUGUUUAUUUGUCACGGAUGUGGUUGAUAAAAAGUUUUCUAUUAUUUUUAUUCAGAGCAAACUAGGCUUUCCAUAGCGACUUAUUUAUUCACAGAAAAUGAAUUAUUGAUCAAUCAGAACGAGAAUUCGAUGUUUGAAAAAUUUUCAUCAAAACAAUUUGUCUCCACUUGCUCUCCCGCCACGAAGAAGGAAAGCGUAAAGGUGAAAAACCGUGUCCCUUGAGAUGGUUCUGAGACACUCAGAUGGAAUGUUACUCCAGGAAUUAUAUGUCCUUCGCAAACAAAAUACUUUGAAAAACGAACAGUUAAAAAACAGCGAUUUUAAUCUCCGAAGUAUCAAAAGAAAAGUUGAAGUGGAGGAACUGAAACUCAAAGUUCACAUGGCGAAAUUGAUUGGAGAGAAUCGAAGGCAGCAUUUUGAAAUUUUAGAGAUGAAGAGCAUGCUUCAAAACAAUAAACAACAUUACCAUUCAAGUAAUGGCUACAUUCACACGGAACCACAACCCUUUGUCAAAAGUCACGACCAUCAAUGCAAGAGUAACAAUGCUGACGUCAGUGUUUCCACAACUAAUUUAGAUAACGAGUCACCUUUCUCGAUUAUUACAAAAAUGACUCGAUCACCUAUAAAAUGCUCUCAUGACGCAAGCACAAGCGCCCAUAACAUAUUUUCGCUAAAUUACGCAUCAUAUGUCCAGUUACUACACAGAUUUUCUUCACGAGACGCUAUCUUGGACACAAGACCGAAAAGGUUACUGUGUGAGCCACUUGCAGAUGUUACACUAUCCUUAUCGAAAACUAUCAACAGAAAAUCUGAAAAUAAAGGAUUUGUUACUUGACCAAAAA